AUGACAACCCCCUCCUACGAUCCCCGAACCGACGCCCUCGACGCCUGGUCACUCCAAUCCAACGCCUUCCCCAGAAUCCCAUCCGAUCCCAGCUAUCCCGACUUCCUCGAUCCAAAUAUCAUCCAAAUCCCCGACCCUCCCAUCUUCAACCCGCAGCCCUAUUCGCGCCAUCCCGUCCUCUCUAUCGGAAUCCGCUACGCAGAAUGGGAGAAGCAGAUGAAAGAAAAAUUAAAAGCGUAUAGUGGCGCACGUUUUGAGAUUUGCAUGGCGUAUGUGUUGUCGAGACUAGGGGAAAAGCCGAGAGCGUAUUUGGAAGUGAGGAUGAGUGUUCAUGAGAGGUUUAGAUUUAACGAUACUAAGGAGGUGUUUGAGGUGUUGAGGAAGGUUUAUGGAGGGGUGAAGGAGAGGGUUAUUGAGGGGGUGGUGUAUGUAGGUGGAAGUGAUGAUUAG